AUAUCCACAAGUAAUCUGUAUCUUGAAACGCCUCUGGUGUUAUUACCCUGAGCUGUUUGUUGGAUACCAGUUAAAGUUAUUGCAGAAAUGCUUUCAAAAAGGGCACAGGAAACCUCAAAGAAUGAUUUCCUUUUGAUCAACUUCUUGAAAACAAUGUCCAGUAGUUAUGAUGAAGCCACCAAUCCACAGGGAUACGUCAACCUCGGAACUUCAGAGAACAAGAUAUGUGAAGACAUAUGGCUAGAAAAGAUCACUGAGAUAUCGGAGUCAGCCGACCAUGUCACUGCGGACAUCCUCUACUAUUACGAGUACCAUGGAAUGAGCCGAGUGAGAAAGACCUUCAGCAAGUUUAUCGAGGAUCGUUUCAAAAGCAAGAUGAAAAUCCAAGAGGAAAAGAUCAUACUGUUGAGUGGGGUAGCAACAACCAUAAACGCACUGGCGUUCACUCUGGCAGAUGUUGGAGAUGUUUUCCUGUGCCCUACCCCGGCGUACACCAGACUUAAAUACGACAUGUUAGACAUAGGUGGAGUAGAUAUCUACGAGGUCCCAAUGUUUGAUGACGAAUCAUCGGAUGAUCCAUGUAAAAUGCGCAGCGAUGUUUUGGAAUCAUAUCUACUAAAAGCAAAACAACGGGGUUUAACUGUCCGUGGAGUGAUCUUAACAAGUCCGAGUAACCCUACGGGUAAGGUUUAUACGAAGCAAGAACUUGCUGAUUUGAUGGAGUUCUGCAAACGAGAGGAUCUCCACGUCAUAUUUGAUGAAAUCUAUGCUUUGUCGACACAAGGUCAAGGAUGUUUUACAAGUGUCUUGUCUAUGACAAUUCCUGACCCAGACAAGACUCACUUCAUUUGGGGUUUAAGCAAGGAUUUUGGUUUAUCUGGAUUUCGAUGUGGUGUUGUAUAUUCUCAUGAUGUGAGGGUCAUCAACUACCUGCAGAAGAUGGCAACGUUUUGUUCCAUUCCUGCCCCUACACAAUUGUUGAUCAAUGACAUUCUGUCCGACACAGAAUGGAUUGACAAGACUUACUUCCCUACCUAUUACACCAGAGCAAAAGAGAAUCAUAAACUUGUUAAAGAUGUGUUGGAUGACUUCAAAAUACCUACAUCAUACAGCUGUGAAAACGUGAUCUUUUUCUGGAUGGAUUUGUCUCAGUUUUUAAAUGAACGAACAAAAGAAGAGGAAAUCAAACUGUUCAACAAGUUUAUGGAUACUGGUCUCUACAUUUGCCCCGGGACCGAAUUGCUUUGUCCGAUACCAGGCUGGUUUCGACUAACUUAUACUUAUCCAAAACGAGAUGUCGAGGAAGGGAUUCGGCGUUUCGUUGCAGUUUUAACAGCAAUACGAAAGGAAGACAGCUUUGAGCGUCUUAAACAGUUUCAGUCGUAAAAGGAACAUUGCAGCAAAAUCAAAUGUGUAUUCGCUCAACGUUUUUAAUAAAUGGGUAAUACACAUUAGUGAGACAUAUGGUGAGACAACAUUUUGUGUUGUUGUUAACAUUUGUAGAUAUUCCAAUGAAUAACAAACAAAUAACGGUUUAUUUUCAGACAAUCGUACAUGAUUGUUCGCUGAUGACUGGAGUUUUUCUAACCAAUUCAUUUUAGCGAAUAAGCGGAUUGUUUUAUAUUAUAAAGGACGUCAUACAGUGAAUCUGAAAUUGAUUGACAUUUAAAAUUGAAAUAAAAGAUUC